GUUUUUGCCAAAUUUUUAAGUAUUAGAUUAACGAAGCCAUAGGUCAGACUAUCAGAACCAAUAUUGGUUAGAACCAAACCUUUAUAUUACAAUCUGCAUGUUUUCUUUCCUCUGUUCACACCGCCGAAACGAAAAUGGGUCGAGUCAGAACAAAAACAGUUAAAAAGGCUGCCAGAGUUAUCAUAGAAAAGUAUUACAUGAGAUUGACGUUGGAUUUUCAUACAAACAAAAGAUUAUGUGAAGAAAUUGCUAUAAUUCCAAGCAAACCAUUAAAGAAUAAAAUUGCUGGAUUUGUUACCUUACUAAUGAAGAGACUUCGCCAUAGCCAAGUUCGUGGAAUUUCCAUAAAAUUACAAGAAGAAGAAAGAGAACGCAGAGAUAAUUAUGUCCCAGAAGUUUCAGCCUUAGAGCAUGAUAUUAUUGAAGUUGACGCAGAAACUAAAGAAAUGUUGAAAAUGUUAGAAUUCACUAAUAUCCCAGGACUUCAAAUUACUCAGCCUACAACUCAUGGAUUCAGGCGGUCCUAAUUUGUAACACUAUUAUUAUAUUACGUUGUGUUACUAAUUUUAUAUAAAAUAAAAAUGUAGACAUAAUAUUUUAUGCAAAAUACCAUCA